UUACUUUUAUAUGUAUUAUAUAUAUUAUAUUAAAGCAGUUAACCAUGAACAAUUAUACAGUGAUUUCUCUUUGUGUUGCAGCAAAUAUACUUCUCCUAGGGGAGUCUAAAAACUAUAUUUUGGAAACUGCAGGAGAACAAAAAGGGAUCAGUGAAGGUUCUGAACCUGAAUCUCAGAUAAACGAACCUAAAACAUAUCUGGUAGAAACAAAAGAAAAAGAGAAAGGACGUACUCCAGGCGGAUCAGAUUAUGAAAGUGGAAUUAAGCAGAUACCAUCACAGGACAUAAUUCCCUGUCAAAUAGAUGACGACUGCCCAGCAUAUUUGGGAUGUCGAGAACAAAUUUGUACAUUCUAAUGAGAAACAGGUGAAUUUGAAUGUUCGCAGUUGGACUCGAGCAAUCUAUUACAUUUUUUGUAGUUGUUAAUUAGUUUGAUAAAGAAAUAAACCCAUUCUUGCAUUAUA